AUGAAAUAAGCAAUUUUAGAUUUUAUCAAUUCAGGUAUUCUCACAACUAAACCCAUUGAUGCCUUCUACACAGACCAAUUUGAAACCUUUACCAAUGAAUGCUACAACCGUCUUAUCGCAUUUUACAUGAAAUAGUAAAGUGAUGAUAAACUCAAGAGUGCUUAUAUAGCUCUAAUGAAAGUUGUGCAGAAUCCAAAAGUCGAAAACCUCAAUCUCCUCGUAUUUGGCGCAGCCUACAUCGCACAAAAGACUUACUAUUAUCAGCAAAACCUUAUUCAAAUGAAUAGCAAGAAUAUCGAAAGAAUCCAUUUAGAUUGUUAUCACAUCAUAACCUAUACUCUCAAUGGAGUUAUCGUGUCUGAUCAGUACAUCGAAACUAAUCUGAAAAAGUAUUUCACUGAUAAGUACUUGGAUUACACCAAAAAAACUGCUCCUCCACCACAAUAUGUGAAACCCACCAAAUUCUUCGGUCGACCUGUUGAAUACACCAAAUUAGAAAGUGACGAAGGCUCAGAAUUCGCUUAAACUCUCUCAGGGAUAUUUAAACCACCAACCAAAAAUAGGAAACUCCCCAUUGUUGAAGAAGAAACUCAGUACUAAGUUAGACAACAAUUUAAAUCCCCACCUAUAAGAAGGAUGAAAAUUGACAUCAACUCAAUUUCACCCUCUCUCGCAACUGCUCUACAUAGAACUAGCUUAGGUUUCGAAAAACCCAAGAUCAUCAACCAUCCAUUACUGAAAUCUCAAUUGGGAGAUAUGAAUUUUAUGUAAAGACUCAAAGAUCUUGAGUAAGAUGGUGAAUAAAAACUCGAAACCAAGAUCCAAAGAUCCCACAGACAGAACAUUGUCGAGUAGCAUAAUCUUACUUAUCCUCCCAAAGAAUAUUUUUAGAAGAAUGUCAAAGUAGAUGCCCUAUUUAAGAACUUCCUGGAACUAAAAUACGUCCUAGAUUAACGGAAGGAGACCAUGAGUUCUAUCAAAGACAUAAAUGAUUAUCAGCCUAGAAUGCCCUAUGUGCCUACUUAUACUCCAUACUUGCAAUUUGAGACUCCUUAGCCUGUGAAAUAGUAAUUGAUUCAAAAAAGCAGCUUUGAAAUACUGCCUCCUUCUCAUGAAUUGGACAAAGCUACCAUCAGCAAGUUUGACAUUCAAGCCCAAACUACCAAAUCGACUUUCAAUAAUCAAGUCAAUUCCACGUUUUUCUUUAAGACUAACAACAAACCAUAAUCCUUGUCGAAACAUUCUACUCAAAAUUCAUUCUUCCAAUACAUGAACAAGCAAAAAGAAUACAAGCAACAAUUUGAUAGAUUCCUCUCGAAUGAAUCAUCUCCUGAUAGAAAUAUUAACCAAAUCAAUAGUCAACUCUUGAAAAAGCAAAACUUUUUAAAGAAAAGUCUACAAAGGUUAAAAAAAUGA